CUUCAAAAUUUCGAAUUGUAUUUAAAUGGAUAGGAACUGGGAAAGUUAGCUCUUCAAAAACCCCGGCAAAAACCUUUGAAAAAAUUUCAUCUUUAACAAUGGAUUUGGACCCAGAAGAUGUUUUCAAGGACGAAGAAGAUGACCCAGAUAACGAAUUCUUUCAGCAAAGCGAGGGUUCCAAAGAAUAUGUUGUUUACUUGGUCGAUGCUUCUCCGAAAAUGUUUAAGACGACUUCUCCUGGUAAGGAUCAAAAGGAUGAAACUCAUUUCCACGUCGCUGUCAGCUGUAUUGCAGAAUCACUCAAGACUCAGAUCAUUAGUAGAUCAUAUGAUGAAGUUGCAAUUUGCUUCUUUAACACUAGGGAAAAGAAGAACUUGCAGGAUUUAAAUGGUGUUUUUGUUUACAAUGUUGCCGAAAGGGAGCAACUAGACAGGCCAACAGCUAGGCUUAUAAAAGAAUUUGGCUGUAUAGAAGAAACAUUUAUGAAGGAAAUCGGGAGUCAGUAUGGUAUUGUUCCUGGGUCUCGUGAGAAUUCCCUUUACAAUGCCCUCUGGGUUGCCCAAGCUCUUCUUCGUAAAGGGUCUAUUAAGACUGCUGAAAAGAGAAUUGUUCUCUUUACUAAUGAAGAUGAUCCCUUUGGGGGUCUCCAGGAUGCUGCAAAAAAAGAUAUGACAAGAACUACAUUGCAGCGAGCUAAAGAUGCACAAGAUCUUGGAAUCUCAAUCCAACUUCUCCCCUUGAGUUGUCCAGAUUCGGAGUUCAAUGUUUCUGUUUUCUUUUCUGAUUUGAUUGGGUUAGAAGGUCAAGAUCUUGCUCAAUUUACGCCAUCUGCCAGCCAGAAAUUGGAAGAUAUGAAAGAUCAACUGAGAAAACGUAUAUUCCCAAAGCGGAUUGUUAGAAAGAUUAGAUUUCAUAUUGCUAAUGGAUUAUCAAUUGAGCUGGAUACUUAUGCUAUAAUUCGUCCCGCACUUCCAGGGGAAAUUACAUGGCUUGAUUCUGUUACAAAUCAUCCUUUAAAGAUUGAAAGAUCUUUGAUCUGUGAGGAUACUGGUGCUCUGAUUCAGGAACAUCCAAAACUUUUUCAGCCCUAUAGAAAUGAGAAUGUCAAGUUUUCACCAGAUGAAAUAGCUGACAUAAAAAGAAUAUCACCUGGACUCCUUUGUCUUCUCGGGUUCAAGCCAUUAAGUUGCUUAAAAGAUUACUACAACUUGAGACCGUCCACAUUUUUAUACCCCAGUGACCAGGAAGUGGUUGGUAGCACUAGUGUUUUCAUUGCCUUGCAUAGGUCUAUGCUACGGCUUAAGCGUUUUGCAGUUGCAUUUUUCGGGGCUGUAUCUCAUCCUCAAUUAGUUGCCUUAGUUGCCCAAGAUGAGGUUACUAGUGCUGGUGCUCAAGUGGAGCCGCCUGGAAUGCACAUGAUUUACCUUCCAUACUCUGAUGACAUUAGAGAUGAGGAAGAGAUUUUUCCAGAUACAGCUGAUGAUGCACCUCGAGCUGAUGAGGAUCAAAUUCAAAAAGCUGCUGCUUUAAUAAAACGUAUUUACUUGAAGGAUUAUUCCAAUCACCAAUUUGCUAACCCAGCUUUGCAGAGACAUUAUGCGGUAUUGCAGGCUCUAGCUUUAGAAGAAGACGAUAUUCCUGAGAUCAUUGAUGAGACAGCACCUGAUGAGGGAGGUUUGGCUAGAUCAGCAGUUGUUAAGGCAAUAGAAGAAUUCAAGCUUUCAGUCUAUGGGGACAACUAUGAUGAGGAAAGCAACAAUUUGGGUAAAGAAAAAGCGGCUGAAGCCUCUAGAAAACGUAAAGCGGUUGCGGAAGAUGCAGCCAAGGGUUUUGAUUGGGUUAGCCUUGCAGACAAGGGGCAGUUAAACAAUUUAACAGUAGCAGCUUUGAAGAAUUACUUAACUGCUCACAACCUUCCUGUUGGUGGGAAGAAAGAAGCCUUGAUCGGCAGGAUCUUAUCCCACAUGGGCAAAUGAGCAAAGUUGAAGCCGAUAAAUUAUCGAAGACCGGUAUCAGAUAAACCCACAAGUCCCUCUAAUUGUAAUGUUACAUUAUGUAUGGCAUUUGCAUUUUGUGACUGAUUUUCCAGGAUAAACGUCUCUUCUAGCGUAGUCAUCAAAGCUCUCUGCGCACUUUAGGUUUCCGUAGAACUAAAAAUCCGGCUUCGGAGGACUUUGUUAAAGAUCAAGGAGAAAAGGUUUUAUAGCCAUUAUGACAAUGAACGCCAACUAGUAUCCAUGAUCCAUUUUGUGCAACGUUUUGCAUAUGAA